AUCAACCACUCAGACAUGGCUGGAUGAGCUUCGUUGCUCAGGAACUGAGAGCAGACUCAUUGAUUGCCCUGCUAACACUAUCGGAGAUGAAAAUUGCGUUCAUUCACAAGAUGUGGCCUUGGUCUGUAUUGCAAAAUAGGGAAACUCAAAGAGUGGGUAAUGAUCGACGAAGCUAACUACUAAGUAGAGUAGCAACUCGGUGAACAAGUUUUGCUACGGACUCUUCUGAAAAGGCUGCAAUGGCAUUCCAAGUAAGCAAAACUAGGCAUGACUCGAGAACGAAGCUUUAUUUUGCAAAUCCAGGAAUACAAAUCCAAGAAUGACUAGAAGCCUAUAGAAACUCUUACUUGCACUUCAUUGAUCCUUAUUAAUUGAGCAGCUGUAACAGUCUACACAUACACACACACACACGCACGCAUGCGCACACACACACACACACACACACACACAUACACACACACACACUACCAUCUAUUUAUUUUGACUAAUGCCUGGUGCUAAUUCUAAGAACCAAAAUUAGAGGUUAAUAAUUGUUUUGUGCUUGCCACCUAGAAGAACCACAUAGACCCAUCCCCAUUAUCAGAUACUAGCUACCACCACAAAACCACCUGGCCGUAGCUGACAAUACAGAUAAGCCUCCCUGAAGGUCAGAUUUAGUUUACACAAGUACACAGCCAUGCAAGCAAAGUUGAAGUAUUACAGCAGCCAAUAUCAAGUCUAAGAUAAGUUCUAUACUUUAUGUCAGCAUUACCUCAAAUGUGAAUAUAGCUUACAAUCAGCAUGAAGCUUAAGUGAAUAGCUUAUUUAGUUCUGAAUGCAAUUGCAACAGAUGAAUGGGGAGGGUUGGUGCACCGUUAAAGACUCUUUAACCCAUCAUUCUCGGCUCUCAAGGCCGAGCAUCUGUUUGCUUUUUCUAUACCUGUAUGGUUUGUGCUGUCUACUCUUUUUUUGUUUGUUUCUGGUUUACUGUAGUUCCCUAAAUACAAAUCUUAUCGUAAAUACACUUAGCAUCAGAUGUCAAUAUGAUUUAAAAUUAAAUUAAGCGAGCAUCCCGUUUGAGCUAGUAAUAUGAGCAGUGGACACAAUUUCACCCAAAAGUUAUUAUUUAUUAUUUUCUUAUAAUUUUAUUUUGAAACCUCAAACACACACAAACACACUACCGUAUACCUCGCUUGCGCAUGCGCACCGAGGCAUAAUUAUAAAGGCUUUGUUCUCGAGUACAAACUGAAGUUGAGAACUAUAGUCAAAACAGUGUCUAACUAUUAUAGAAGGUUGCUAUCAGUCUACUUGGUAGUUAGUAUAGAGCGAUAGCUAUUGGUAGCUGCAAGAAGCUGCAAACUAUACAAACCAGUUAAUGCACCGUUUUGCUCUCGUGCUCUGUGGAUAUUAUUGGCCUCGUGGAAGUUCUCGAAGUAUCAUGUAGCACUCGGCUUUGCCUCGAGCUAUACAUGAGCUUCUCGAACUUCCCCGAGGCCAAUAAUAUCCAUAGAGUACUUGCAACGGUGCAUUAACUAGUAUAUUCGUAGACCCAUCCCCAUUAUCAGAUACUUUAUAAUUUACCGUAUAGCGGGUAUAUUUCGAGGGUAUAAAUUUCGCGGAUGGACCAUUACAAAGGAUUUCUGGGUUUUUUUUUUCGUGGUCUGCGUUCCAGCCUUUUGGCGCAUGCGCACAUCAACAUGCAGCUGUACCUCCACACCGUUAGCCUCGAAUCCAUAAUACUGAACACGCCUACUAUUCAUAAAUUUUCGUGAGUAUAAAUUUUCGCGGUACAGGCUCAAUCCACGAAAACCGCAAACAUUUAUAACCCUCGAAAUUUUUUAUUUUUUAUUUUUUAUAAUAUAAUAAUAAUACUUAUUGCAAGUGAGAAGACAAAAGACAAAAGACAAAACAAAAAAACAAACCAAGAAAAAACAACAAAAACAUGUAACAUAAUUUUAUAAAGUUCCUGGGUGAAAACACAUGUUUCAGACCGAUAGCACCCGGCCUUCUUGAGUUGCUAGGUCAAUAGUGCCAGUGUCUAAGGCCUUCCAUGGUGUGGUGGUGGUGAAUGACUUCCUAGAGCCUCUGAUGCACAUAAUCUCUGAUCUUAUGAGGGAGAAAUUUAGCCUACACCUCAUCCAAUUCAGAGUUGUGCUGUAUGUUUUGUCCUGUUUCUCUGCCAGCAUUGAAGCUAGUUUCUUGUAGACAAUAUCUGCAGCCGGACCCAUACCUCCAGCAGCAGAGAAAACCAAAGGCGUAAACGAUCCAUGUUCGACUUCUCUUACACGCUGUUCAUAAGCUCUCUUCUUUUCCAUCUCGUUUCUUCUGUAGCUCUGGGCCAUGGUGGAGCGGCGAUAGGUAGGUGCGUACGGGUUGAAGACCCUGACAUCAAAAAAUGCACUCUGUCUAUCGUUGCUCCAGAAGCUCUGGGUCACAACAUCAAGGCGAGCCCCAUCCUCGCGGUUGGUUGUCCUAAGUUGGAACUGCUCUUCCGUCACAGGCUGUAAGGUUGGUUCAAUACCCACAUCUGGACAUACUUCGCUCAUAAGAUUUGCUGUGAUGUUGCGUAUUUCAUUGUCUUAUUGUUGGAAAUCCUCCCCUAGAGCAGCUGAGUGCAUGCUCUACUGUGAAGUGAAGUCCACAGACACAGUAUGAGGGUAGGUUCUGAGGACGCCAGCCGUACCUGAGGCAAAGAGCAUCUCUGAAGGCUCCCUUGUGUAGCAUGAAACCAUGCUCUGCAAUAGGCAGCGCUGUUAUCCAGCUUGAGGUACCUUUCUCUGAGCAUAUUCCAACCAUUUUUUUCAAAUUGGUAGUUCUUCAUUUAGCUCACUUGCUGUCCUGGCUUCCAUCUGUCGGCGGAAUUUUUUGGCAUUGUUCCUCAGUCUGGCUUGCUCUUGCUUCAUUGUAGUUCGUAUAUAUCGGAUUGGUCAAGUAUCAGGCUGACUAGUGGUGCUGAGAUUGACAUGCUCAUCGUGAACUGACCAGGGCUUGUUUCACACGGGUUUGCUAUACCAAGUCCCCCAUGGCGGGCUGGGAGUGCCAUUAUCUGUCUUUCCUGACAAACCCGCUAUACGGUAUCAGCAUGUACGCGCAUGCGCACACUUUAUCUGUCAACAUGGUUUGUGGAGAUAGUUAAAAAUAUCCCCCGUGUACGAGGCAUUCAUUUGGUUUCAAAAUGGCAGGCUCUACAAGUUAUUUCUUUUUGAUUAUCUUGGGCUCCUGUCUUUCUGACACCCAAGGUUUUACUAAUGGAAACUUGAGGCUGGUAGGAAACUCAGGCCGAACAGGAGGUUCCUCUGGCAGACUGGAGUUCUACUACAAUGGAACAUGGGGGACAGUGUGUGACGACAGAUUCAGUAUAAAUGAUGCAAGAGUGGCUUGUCGUCAACUAGGGUUCUCAACCUACACUCAAUACGGAACAGUUGGAAGGCUAGGUUUCUCUCAAGCAUCAUCAAGCACUCGGACAUGGCUAGACAAUCUUCGUUGCUCAGGAACUGAGAGCAGACUCAUUAAUUGUCCUGCUAACACUAUCGGAGAUGAAAAUUGCAAUCAUUCACAAGAUAUUGCCUUGAUCUGCACUGCAAAUGGAAGCCUGAGGCUGGUAGGCAGCUUUCAUCGAACAGGAGGCCCCUCUGGCAGACUGGAGGUCUAUUUCGGUAGAGCAUAUGCAUGGGGGACAGUGUGUGACGACAGCUUCGGCUCAAGUGAUGCAAUGGUGGCUUGUCGUCAGCUGGGGUACACAGGCUACACUCGGUAUGGGCGAGUAGGAACAUUAGGUUUUUACCAAGCAUCAUCAUUCACUCGGACAUGGCUGGACGAGCUUCGUUGCUCAGGAACUGAGAGCAGACUCAUUAAUUGUCCUGCUAACCCUAUCGGAGUUGAAGAUUGCACCCACACACACAAGAUGUGGCCUUGAUCUGUACUACAAAUGGAGACCUGAGGCUGGUAGAAAACUCAGGCCGUUCCUCUGGCAGACUGGAGUUCUACUACAAUGGAACAUGGGGGACAGUGUGUGACAACAGCUUCGGCGCAAGUGAUGCAAGAGUGGCUUGUCGUCAGCUGGGAUACAC